AUCACGCGAUGUUUGUAGUGCUAUGGCGUACCAGGAAGGGGAGUCGCUUGAAUCCUGGCUCAAUAAAGCCACCCAUCCAACAAACAGACAAGAGGACUGGGAGUACAUCAUCGGCUUCUGUGAUCAGAUCAACAAGGAGCUGGAGGGUCCCCAGAUAGCAGUGACUCUACUCGUGCACAAAAUCCACUCACCACAAGAAUGGGAGGCGCUUCAGGCUCUGACAGUGUUGGAAGCAUGUAUGAAGAACUGCGGGAGGAGGUUCCACAAUGAAGUCGGAAAGUACCGGUUUUUAAAUGAGCUGAUCAAAGUUGUUUCCCCAAAGUAUAUGGGCGACAGCGCACCUGAGAAGGUGAAGGGGAAGAUUGUAGAAAUGCUGUACAGCUGGACGGUUGCUUUUCCAAACGAAACCAAGAUCGGUGAAGCCUACCAGACGCUGAGGAGACAAGGCCUUGUGACGAAUGACCCGGAGUUACCGCUGGACCGGACGUUGAUCCCUUCUCCUCCGACACGACCCAAACACCCGGUGUUUGACAAUGAGGACAUGGGGAAGCUUCUUGCUGAGCUUCUUCGGAGUAAAAAUCCAGAAGACCUUCAGGAAGCCAACAGAUUAAUCAAAAACAUGGUGAAGGAGGACGACGCUCGGGUGCAGAAGGUCACGAAGCGAAUUCACACCCUGGAGGAGGUGAACAUCAACGUCAGGCUGCUGACGGAGAUGUUGAGCCACUACAACAAAGACAGCUCCACCGACUCCGAUAAGGAGAUCAUCAAGGAGCUUUACGAGCGCUGUGACAAGCUGAGGCGCGCCGCCUUCAAAAUGGCCACUGAGACAGAAGACAAUGACACCAGUCUGGGUGACAUCCUUCAGGCCAGCGACGACCUCUCCAGGGUCAUCAACUCGUAUAAGAAGGUUGUUGAGGGACAGCCGAUCAACGGCGACACCGAGGACCCUCAGUCUGCAGCCGGACACAGUGAGGGCGACACCACAGACACGCUGAUCGACCUGGCCGGCCUCGACACUCCCAGCCCUCCUCAGCCUGCCGCCCCCCAGCCCUUACUUCCUGCCUCCGCCAGCCUCACGCCGUCGCCCAGCCUCACGCCGUCGCCCAUCCCCGUCCUGCCUCCUCCACCCAAGCGGCUCGCCGGCUCGCAGGGCAGCCAGAGCAGCAGCCCGAGUCAUCCCCCGCUCGACAAGGCCUCCACGGCGCUGUCCCUCCUGGAUGAUGAGCUGCUGUCUCUGGGACUGAACGACCCCCCUGCCUCUCUGAGCAGCCAAUCAAAACCCAGACUGGAUGAGCUCUCUAGUCAGUGGACCUCCCUGCAGGGCCCAGCAGCCAGUAUGGACAUAUUCGGACCCGUAGCUUGUUCAGGUCCGGUGGCGCCUCCAGUCGAACCAGCCGCCACGCACAGUCUGCAGAACCUGCGGGACCUGGCCAUGAUGGGCUUUUCAGAUCACAAGAGCUUGUCCAGCCAGAUGACGGCCCGAGGAAGCAGCUUUGUGGUGGCUGGCCAGGGCUCUCCCUCCUCAGCCUCCCUCCUCCAGAGCACCAUGCCCGGCUCUCCUGCUCUGUCCCAGACCAAGGCCCAGAGCCUGGGCUCGGCCCCGGGCAGCCCCUUGUUCCGCUCCCUGUCCCCCUGCCAUCCUCCCCUCCAGGGCAGCCCGGCCAGAGCCUCAGACGUCUCUCUGAGCGGCGUGCAUGUCCCUCUGGAGGCCAUCAGACCCAGUAAAGUCCUGCCCGUGACUGCCUACGAUAAGGACGGUAUCCGUGUGCUGCUCAACUUUGCGUCCGACUGCCCCCCCGGCCGGCCCGACGUGUUGGUGAUGGUGGUCUCGAUGCUCAACACAGCGCCCCUCCCUGUUCACAGCGUGGUUCUGCAGGCGGCUGUGCCCAAGUCCAUGAAGGUGAAGCUGCAGCCCCCAUCAGGAACAGACCUGGCACCGUUUAACCCCAUCCUGCCUCCAGCCUCCAUCACCCAGAUCAUGCUGCUGGCCAAUCCCACCAAGGAGAAGGUGCGUCUGCGCUACAAGCUGGCCUUCACUCUCGGAGAGCGUCUGUGCAACGAGGUUGGAGAAGUGGACCAGUUCCCCCCGCCAGAGACGUGGGGCCGGCUAUAGCAGCGACAGGCGGUCAUCCUCCAUGACGGGGUGUCCACAUCCACCCCAGAGAGAACAGAGGGCGGGUGGGGGGGCGCCGAUCCACAGCUUUACAUUCCUUAUAGCGGUUCUUUGGUUCGGUAUUAAUGGACAGAG